AUGACGGCCCGCCGCCAAGUGUUUGCGGUUGUUGUAGUAAUCGUUUGCGUGCUCGUCGCUCCUCUGUGUUGCGUGAAUGUGAGCGUGAAUGCGGGUGACACUCGGCAUAAGUUGAACGACUCUCACGUCGAUUUCGACUCGUUCGGAGAAAAGUUUCCCCGCGAGUAUGAUGACGUCAACAGCGGCGACUUUAACCGGCGUCGUCUCCAUUUCCAGGAGGCUACAAAGCGACAUGCGUACUUGAACUCAUUUUCCACAGCACCGCAGUCGGCCCAGUAUGGUCUAAACCAAUUUUCUGACCUCUCACAGGACGAAUUCAGAGAUCUGUACCUGCGAGCGAGCGCGGACGGCGCGCCACACUUCUCUGGACCGAAGACAGAACGGCUCCCGGCCAAGUUUGACUGGAGGGACAAAGAGGCAGUGGCGCCGGUCCAGAACCAGCUCGCAUGCGGGAGUUGUUGGGCGUUCAGCGUGGUUGGUGCCAUCCAGUCUGCACACGCUAUUGGAGGCUCACAUCUGCAGCAGCUCAGUGUACAGCAGGUUCUGGACUGCUCCUUCAAAAAUGAAGGCUGCAACGGAGGCUCUCCUGUCAGGGCUCUGAAUUGGUUAAAACAGACCAGAGUGAAACUCGUGCCUCAGUCCGAGUAUCCCUACAAAGCCAGGACGGGAAUCUGCCAUUUCUUCUCUCAGUCACGCGACGGCGUCGCUCUGGUGAACUUUACCGCACAUGACUUUGGUGGCCAGGAGGAGGCAAUGAUGGGUCAGCUGGUGGAGCGUGGUCCCCUGGCUGCUGUCGUGGACGCUGUCAGCUGGCAGGAUUAUCUGGGAGGAAUCAUCCAGCAUCACUGUUCCAGCCAACGGUCCAACCAUGCUGUUCUGGUCAUUGGAUACGACACCACUGGUACAUGUUGCCUCCACGUUGGGGAUAUUCCGUACUGGAUCGUGCAGAACUCCUGGGGAACCACGUGGGGCAACAAGGGUUAUGUUUACAUAAAAAUCGGUGGCAACAUUUGUGGUAUUGCGGAUUCUGUGGCAGCAGUUUUCCUCUAACAACAUCACGUGUAUUUCUGUCAUUUGUUGGUAUGUUCACUGCUGUGAACUCGAAAUCAGUCAACUGCCGUCAAACGUCUCUGUAAAUAAUGUUUCUUUUUAUUGAAAUGCAUCACCAUAACAAAAUAAAUCAUGUCACAUCUUGAUAAA